AUGGCAGGGAAAGGCAAUGGAGCCGCAGACCAGAUGGACCAGGACUCGCCUCAGCGCAAAAGGGGAGCGCCUCCUGAGCCCGAGCCUAUCAGCCUGGAAGCAAUCCGUGAAGUUGUUCGCGGUGAAAUUCAAGGCGCUGUUUCAGGAGUGACCGACCGAGUCUCUGCACUGGAAAGAGGACUUCAAGCCCACAACGACCGCACUUUUCAGGCCGUCGAGACACUCUCUUCAGCUCAAGCUCAACAAAGUUUCCGCCUGGAAGAACUUGCCACCGAUGCAAAAGAGAUUUCCGGCAGGCUUUCCUUCCUCGAAGGCACAGUCAAGCACCUGCAAUCUUCGGGGAGCACCCCGUCCACCGCUGAUUCGGGGAGAAUCCCAGCACUCGUGAUGGGUGGCUGGCCUCCGGACACUUUGGCCAGUGAAGUGAUCCAAAAGGCCAAUGAAAUGGCCCGAGAUCUACAAUUGCAGUUGAAUCUUUCUGAUGCCUUUGUUCCAGGAGUCAGACGAGGCUUCGUUCUCAUUCCUAUUGCUCCCAACUCAGAUGAAUCCGACGAGGCUAUGAAGCAGCGUGUGCAAGCUUGCAUCCGCCGUGUCAAUACGGCAAAUGUUACACUCGGGCGCAAACCCGACGGCAAUCCAGCCAAAUUGUGGCUUUCCAUCAGCCAGCCACCUGAGCGCCGCCGGCGCGCCGCACUUGCAGGAAAAGUCAAACGACUGAUCAUUGAGGCAGGGGGUCUCCCCUCGCUGCACCGCAUUGAACCCGAGUGGGCCACAGGUACAGUCUGGUUCAAAGACGUUAAGGUCUCCUCAGGUAGCAGCGCGGCCCCUCACGGCGCAUCCACUGCGGGAUGCGGCUGGAUCGAUCUCUCAGCCAUUGCCACCCAGCUUGGAAUUGAGCGCAGUGCCCUGGAAAAAACCUGGGAGCCGCUCCUUGCGGCGCUCCGCUGA